AUAUUGGACUCAUGGCUUUUCUGCAGUUAAAUUCUGUGAAGGAACUAAGUUAGCAACACAGAACUGCUGAAAUUGUGCUGAAGGGUUUCACAAUGGCUUUGAUCAGAAGAGACUUGGAUUAAAUCGUGUCUGUUGCAGAGAGUUCUGCAAAGGGCAGAGAUCAGAGGGGCUCACAAAGAUGUGCAUUAUUACCACCCAGAAUUAUUUUACAGGAGACCCUUAUCAUUGAAAGUUAACUCCUUUCUUAACUUUAUUAAUUAAGAAGCUGUUUACAGCCAGCAGCUACUGGGAGAGCUUAAAAAACAAACAAGAAGAGAGCUGAAUUCCGUGGCCCUCUCGGCUCCCUCACUCAGUGCUUUGUCUGUGUUGUUUUUCCAGCACUGUUUUUCCUUGAGCCCAGCAUUUCAUGUUGAGCUGUUCUCAUACCUCAAGCUGGUUUUCUUUUUCAUGCUCAAUGCUAAAGGUUGAGUGAAUUCUCCCUUGAAUUUGCUCGGAAGGUUGUGAUGGCAAUGAGGAAGCUCCAGUACCUUCUCUAUGAAUUCCUGCUUGGUGCUGCAGCCCAGCACCUUGAAUGGCUGAUUAGUGUCUCUGUUCCUGGCAGCUCAAGAUUAGAAGAGCAUUUAUGUCCAGUGAAAUAUUUUUAUUAGUUUCUAAUUCUAUUAUUUAUUUCUAUUAGAAAAAUUGAUUGUAAACUUCUCCCAUGCAAGUCUUUGUUCAGAAAAAAAAAUUUGUCUAAGAAUUUUUAAAGGAGCAGAUGAGGGACUGGUGCCAUCAAUUCUAAUCCAGGUUAAGGUUUUUAUUGGCCUUUGUCUGCUAUUUCCUCUGUGUCACCAUUAUUUAACCUUUUUUGUCAAACUGAAUUUCUGUAUAUGAAAUGCCCUCUUUGAAAAAUAUGAUGUCGACUUUUCUUAAAUGGCUUUGUCCCUCAGGAUUUGGAGUUCUUUGGAACCUUCUUAAUCCCAUUAUGAAAAUAGGGUUGGACACAGUGGUGUCUCAUCCCAGUAUUUUUGCUCUUAGACAUCUGCAUUGAUUCUAUAGUGUGGGGCACUAUUUAUGCUUCUCUCCAGUGCUGUGCAUAGCUCCCUCCCUUGUUUAUAUCCUUUUCUUAAACCAUUUUAGGCUUUUUCCUCACGCCAGAAGCCUAAAAGUUAAGCUCUUAAAAAUGAAAGAAACUUGAGAAGGAGACAUAACAGUCUGGAGACAAUUUCACUGCGCUGUUGACAAUAUCAUAUUUUUCAAAAAUAAAUAUCCCACAGAGCACCAAAAUGCCACUGUGUUGAGUUCAGGCUGUGUCUCCAUGGGGCCACACUCAGAGCCCGUGGGCUGCACCAGGGCACAGCCUGCACUGGCCGUAGCCAGGGCUGUCCCUGUAAAAUCACAGCUUUGCAUUGGCAGCUCUGCAGCUCAGGAGCUGCAAAAAUCCCCCCUGCAACGGCUGCUCCGAGAAAUGAAUUCAGCUGGGCUUUGGUCUGGGCAGGGACAGAAUGCAAAAGGAAGGUUUGGUGCCUUCUGCUCCUGGCCAGAGGUGCAGCUGGCAUUGAAACAGGGUGCUAAAACAUGAGCUCAGCUCUAUAAACCCCUGAAGUUGUGUCAUUUUGCACCAGCAUUUCCCUAGCAGGGAGUGGUGGCGAGCAGGGUCAGCAGCCACUUUUUGUCUCCAGUUCGUGUUGUGACAAAACUGGGUUAUAUACAACGUGUAUUUGUGGAGUUAAAGGGCUGCCCUCUCAUUGCUCCUCAGAAUAAAAUGAGAAUAGUUCCAGUGAAGAAGAAUCAAGUGACUUCUGCUGGGCCUUUCAAAUGCAACAGUUCAUUUAUUGUGUAAAGGUAAGUUAUAUUUUAGCUGUUGCUCUGCAGCUCCCACAUGAUGAUUCAUGCUACCAGUUUUUCUUCUAUUAAUAGUUUACAGAGAGUGCUUAAAUUUAGAUUGAAUUCCAUCUCCUAGUCUGUCAUGCUGAAUAGCAUUGAGAGAAAUAAAGCCACAGUCUGUUUGGGCAGUGCCUUUUACGGAGAGUAGUCAACUCCUGACAUGAAAUCACUGAAAAUCCUGACCCAGCCUGGAUUCAGACUCUGUUGGGGAUAUGGUUUGCAUUUCCCUGUGAGGGCAAAUCUUACCUUGACUUCAGCUGCUUCUCCUUAAGCCUUUGGUAAAAGCUGAACUCGUCCUGUGCUGGAAUUGAAGAGUUUGUGCAAAAAGGCCUCAGUCUCUGACAUGAGAGCAUCCUUCGUUAUGGUUUUAGCCACGGGCAUUGCCAGCACAAUUCUGCUUGUGUAACUUUGAUUAAGGAGACACUCCUCAGAAAAAUCGAGCUUUUUCCAAUGUUGAUUUUAAAAAUGCUGUCAAAUAUUUAAUGUUGAGCAAUGUGAGUGAAAUAAUCACGUAUAUACAAACAUACAAACAACACAUACAUAACAAUCACGUAUAUACAAACAUAGAGAUUUUUAUAGAUAUCUCUGUCUGUAAUGCUGAAGGAUUUGCUGGUACAUCCAAAGGACCUCGAAUAACUGUGCCCUCAUCCCUUCUUUUAGACUAACACAGGUGUCUUCCAUUGCUUUUGAGGAGACUCAGGCAGUAUUUGUGGGAAUAGGAUAUGUACAAGUCAGAACUCACCAUUUAAAUGUCCUGUUUAACAACACUGAGCACGUGUGCUAAUGCAGUACUCAGUUUGAUGUUCUUGGCAAAAUAUGCAUCCCUUAAAUGUCAUUUUGCACAUAUUAAAUAGUUCAGUCUAGUUAGAAAGAAAAAUUUCAUGACAGAGAAGAGCCUCAAAACUGAUAAAGCAUUAAUCUCUUUGUAAAGACAGAAAUAAUUUUUCUGUUUAAAAUGAGAUUAAUUCUUCCAGGUUCUGUCCUAGGCACACUGAUCCUUUUCAGUGCUCCACAUGGAAGCCUCAGUAGCUGGGUGUGAUUUUCUGCCUCCCAGGGUGGCAGGCUGUGUUUGGUUAGGAGCCUGAUUUGUGUUCCAGGGGUAUCCCUGACCUGCCCAAGGUGUCGCUCCUGCAGUGCCAGCAAAGAGAAGGGUGAGUUUCACAACAGGUCUCGAGCUUGAGGCUUUUAUUUACUUUGCUCUCACCUUUUUGAAGGAAGCAUUUCAAGGGUUGUUCUACAGACGCUUUCUAGAGUUUAUUGCUUGAGCUGAGUUGCUAAGUCUGAGGAGUGCAAAUACUCUUAUCACGACUUUUCAGCUGCCCAAAACUCAGGAGUGUGCCUUGUUCAGUGAGACAAUGAACAGGAUGUUACUGCAGCUCUGCUUUCCAGGAAUGAGAAAGCAUUUCUUGGAUCCACAUAGGAGAAUCAGAAAAUUUAACUCCUGUCCUUGCAGUCCUGGGUCCUUUCAGCUCAGAGCCAGCUCAGAACGUGUGGCAGUGCCUUCCCCUGGCUGCGGGGCUGCUGGAAGCUGUUCUGUUUGCAGGAGGUCUCAGUCUGUCUCUUCAUGUCAUCCCUUCUCAAACUGUGCCUGGGCACAGCAGCCACAGCAGUGCUGGUUUAUUCUCCAGAGUGACCAAGGGAGGUUGCACUCUCAGGUGCUGCCAUCCCCUGCAUUUAUUAUUAUAAAAAAACCCCAAAAAACCCAAAAAAACCCAGAAAAACAAAGAAAAGAUAGAAAAGCUGUUUGUAUUCCUCCUGUCAAUUUACUGAAAUUGGCCACUGGUAAGGGAGGGCCUAAAUAGAAAUACCCAGAGGCAAGGACAGUGAACAUGGAAUAUACACAAGAAUUAUGGUUUGAUACUUGGCAGGGACAAUGGCAUAGAACCACUAGAAAACCAGUUAAUUUUUUAGUUCAAAAGAAAGGUAACAGACCUAUUCAGAUCCUAUUAGAGUAAUGGAAGUUAUCCUGUCCAACUGCUGCCUAGGACAUAAACCAGCAGCUGCUCAUUAUGAACACAGGUACUUGUGCAGAAGUGAGAAAUGAGCAUGCAGAAGACAUGGAGGGCUCUGGGAGGUGUUGAGACUGAUCUCAAGAUCUUGGGUCACUGCAGAGUUCCCAGCAGAUAAAAUCAGUAGGUGACAGUGGGGACCUGAUGUGCAAACUGGAGUGGCCCGUGAGGGAAGGAACCAGUGUUGGGUGCUCCUGGUAUCAGAACACUUCCAUGGAAGAAAAGUAAUUUCUAAGAAGCUUUAGAAGCUGAGAGCAUUGUCAGCCAGUCCUGUGAAAGUACUUGGGCGGUUGCUUUGGAUCUUCUGACUUGCAGAUUUAAAAGAAAAUCUAUGUAGUCUCCAUUAAAUACUCUUAAAAUUGGUUAGCUGCAAAAAUCGAAGAGUUGCAACUGGGAAAAGAAACACCCAAUGAUGCAUUUCUGGGGUCCUUCAAAGGUGUGGUGAUCAACACUGGUGACCUGGGAAACUUGUAAGGUGAUCUAUUGAGGAUGGGAUGGUUGGAAUAAACCAGUCUGCCAGUUCAGCAAAGGGGGUUGACUGCAACAGCUUUGGUUCAAUGUAUUCAGGAACAAAAUAAUAUUUAGAAACUGCAUCUCUGCUCCUUAAGAGUGUUUUGAUUUCCAGCUUUCAUUGAUUUCAGUGGGAGAGAUUAAUUUGGAUGGCUUUGGGGAUCUGGGCCAAAGAGUGAGGCAGCCUCUGCAAUACAGGAAACACUGCCCUGGAAAGGAGCAGCGCUGAGCAGAUCAGCAGAGCCUGGCAGGCAGCUGAUUUUCACUUGCCCCUCUAGUUCAAAAACAACAGCAUGGCAUAAAAUUUCAUGGAAUAUCAACUAGGAGUGGGAAAACACUACCUCUUGUCCAGGGCAGAUGUGAGGCCAUUACAUGAACAGUAUCCCGUUCCUAGUGUCAGCAUUUUUUUAAAAAGCUCUGGUAAACAUCAUGUAGGCAGAUGGCAUUUCUAAAUCUAUCAUUUAUGCAGCAUGUUUUGAUGAGGCUUCUAAUUUUCUCAUCUCCCACUUUUGCUUUUUCUCUUGACUUGGCUGGUCAGUGUAUGUGUUCCUUAAAAUCAUUUCUUGUUAGUGUGUGGUAAAUUACACCAGCUUUUUCUGUAACUUCCUGGGAAAAAAAUGACUUUUUUUCCUCCCCAGAGGAUUCCCAUUGUGUUUGGAGCAGCCCUCAGUGUGCUCUGGAGCUCCCAGCUGCGUGGCUGAGCCAGCCCGUGGACCAGCCUGCCUUCCUGGCUGGGCUGGGAGUGCAGGGGAGGGCAGCUCAGGGCUGGGUGCUGCUGGCAGAGAUGGAUUUUCAGUGUUUAGCUGCUCGUAGAUUUUGAGGCUGGCACUGAAGGGGCUGGUGCAGUUCUGCUCCCUCUUUCCCUUGUUACACCAGGGGAAUGUAGAGCUCCGCUGGUGCUGCUGCUGCCGGGGAAGCAGUGCUGGGGGCCAGUGCUGUGGGAAUGCUUUUGGGAAUCCAGAAUGAAACCUCACUGCAGGACACAACCUGCGCCCAUCCCUGCACCAGCCGGGCCUGGGCUGGCUGUCACCGAGAAAGGAGGAAACUGCAAGUGAAGAAGUUUAAUGUUUGCUUCAGCUGAAGAGAAUAUUUCCCAAGUCCUGGUGGGAAAAGGUGAAAAAGAGGACCAGAGGAUGUUGCUAGUAGGUAUGGAGAUGACAGGAAGUCAUGACUAGAAGGGGGAUUGUCAACAGGAAACCGAGCUCAGCAGCCGAUGUGACACUGCUGUACAGUGCAGCUGCAGUGCUGUGCUGCCUGCUGGACUCUGAGGCCUGGGGAGCUCUGUCUGUCUCCAAGAGAGAUUCUCCUGUCCCUUUGUCUGCUGGAUGUUGAAUUAUUCUGCACCUGGUUAAUCCACUUUGCUGACCCUGGGCUCUUUUUCUGGACACCAGCUACUGUCAAGCCCUUGAACAGCUCUGAGGAGAAAGAUGUGUGUGUGAGCAGCCUUCCCGGGCUGGCAGCCGAGCACUGCACGGACCCCAGGCAGCUUUGAGGUGUCUUGGCUGUUCAGUGCUCUGCAGAUAUGAACGCUGAGCUUUGGGCCUGGUUGUUCUCACCAUGCUAGUACAUGGGAAGGACGACUUCCUCUCAGACAUCGCCUACAUCAUCCUGGAGCUGAUCAUCGCCGUGCUGGCCAUCCUGGGGAACAUCCUGGUCUGCUGGGCCGUCUAUCUCAACAGCAACUUGCAGAACGUCACCAACUACUUUGUGGUGUCCCUGGCUGCUGCUGACAUCGCUGUGGGUGUGCUGGCAAUCCCCUUCGCCAUCACCAUCAGCACUGGCUUCUGUGCCUUCUUCUAUGGCUGCCUCUUCAUUGCCUGCUUUGUCCUGGUCUUGACUCAGAGCUCCAUCUUCAGCCUCCUUGCUAUUGCCAUCGACAGAAUCAUUGCCAUCAGAAUACCCCUCAGGUACAAUGGCUUGGUGACCGGCUCUCGAGCCAAAGGCAUCAUUGCCAUCUGCUGGGUGCUGUCCUUCAUCAUCGGCCUGACCCCGAUGCUGGGGUGGCACAAGCGUGCCCAGAUCGAAGAGCUGGGUUCCAACUGGACCUCUCCCAUCAACUGCAGCAACAGCAUGGUGGCGUGUCUCUUCGAGGCCGUGGUCACCAUGGAGUACAUGGUCUACUACAACUUCUUUGCCUGUGUGCUCCUGCCCCUCCUUCUCAUGUUUGGUAUCUACUUGAAAAUCUUCAUGGCAGCCCGGCGCCAGCUCAAGCAGAUGGAGAACAAGAUGGUACACGGGGAACGCUCCCGCUCCACGCUGCAGAAGGAAGUCCAUGCAGCCAAGUCUUUAGCCAUCAUUGUUGGGCUGUUUGCAGUCUGCUGGCUUCCACUACACAUUAUUAACUGCUUUACCCUUUUUUGCCCGAAUUGUGCCCACGCUCCCCUCUGGCUGAUGUAUCUGGCCAUUAUCCUGUCUCACGCUAACUCGGUGGUAAACCCCCUAAUUUAUGCCUACCGUAUCAGGGAGUUCCGCUACACCUUCCGUAAAAUCAUCAGCCAGCACAUCCUGGGCAGGAAGGAGCCGUUCAAGGUGGGAGCAGCCAGCUCCAGGACUUCCACCCACGGCGGGGACGCAGAGAACGCCAGCAUACGGAUCAGUGAGUAUGCGCUAGAGGUGUACACCAACGGAGAGAUCCACAGGGACCCCGAGAAGCAGGACUUAAACAAAUGCAAAGCUGGCUUGGAAUGGCACCAGAAUGGAAAUGCUCUGGACUUGGACACAAACGGGCAUCUCCUACACUCCUGCAAAAAUGGGAUUCUCUCAGAUGCGUGCCUGAACAGGGAGUGUCACAGUGAAGAGCUUAUUGAUGCCCAGGUGUCUUACUCAGAUCUGGAAAGAGCAGCCUUUGCUGCAGCUGACGUUUCCUGAUGAGACUUCCAAAGUUUUCCUGGUAGAAUUAUUUUUUUUUCCAUUGGUGACCUCUGCCACGGCAGAAAGCGAGGUUGGGGGGCGGGGGGAGAGCAGUGUACUCAGAUCGCUGUGGAGAAAGGGGUCCACAUCCAGGACUAUAGGAUGAUCCUAAACACCAGACUGGAGAAAAGCCAAGAGACCACUGACGUGGACUGAGGAAGGAGGGACACGUUGCCCAUCAAUGACCUGUCACCAAGAGCAGUGCCGAGGCCGAGCAUGGCGUUCCAAGUUCAGCACUGGGAGGCUGCUGAUGCAGGGAUUUCGUGACACUCUGCUGUACUGUGCCUGUGGUUGAGUGUUGGUUUUGCUGUCUUUAUCAAUGGGAAUAGAAGCAUGGCUGGAAGUAUUACCUGAAUAACAAAGAGCAACUGGGAAGAGCCUCUUAGGACUGCAGCCCUGUAACACACAGAAGGGGAGAUAACAAAAUCUGUUGUGAGGAAGGAUGCCAGGAGCUGCUUGGAGAAGGAAGGAAUUUACCUGAUGGGAACUCUAGAUGCUUUCACCCAUGGCACUUUGUCUUUCAGUUUGUGUUUUUAAAGCUUAUACUGCAACAGGUUGCUCAAAUGAUUUUGUUUUCCACGUGAUGAUAAGGUUACUUUACGUUAAGUUAUAAAAGAUGGGCAAGAACUCAUAUCCGUUCCCUGAGUGCUCAGUGUUCCAGAUGCACGUGGCAAAUAUCACCUCUUAGCACUCCACUUUGUCCAACAAAUCACCAAAGCUGAGCCUUGCCAAGGAUUUCCCCUGGCAAAAGGGCAGUCAGCAGGACGUGGUGCUGCGGGCCAGGGCUCGGGCUGUGUCCUCAGGGCAGGGCUGUGAAGGGCUGUGGGUGUGUGAGCUCCUUGCAGGCUGGUGGCACUUUCUGCUUUCCCCCAUCUCUGCACUUCUCCUCCUGAGCUCCUGGAAUGCAAAUUCUUUCCAUGGCCCCAGAUGUGUGUGAGGGGAAGUCACAUUCCACAUUUCAGUCAUCUUCAUCCUCAACAGGCUGAGGGACUUCUUUCUUCUUUCUUGGGAUAAAGAACAACCCCCACACACACCGUGACCUAAUUUUGGAAUUCCAAUGAGCUCUAUUUAAAAACCUUUUCUCCUGUGAUUUCAGUUUUUUCCUGUGAAGCCUGAUGUGUCCCUGUGGUCCAGAGGCCAACAGAGCUGGGCCUGUCUGGUUAGAAGAUGCUCCUGUUCUGAGAAGCUGAAAGGUGUCAGUAGUAGUGGAACUCAGCUUAGAAACUCUACUUUCUCUAGAAGAGAACAGGCAAAUCUGUGCUGCAGCAAGUGUACACACUGCUGUGGUUUGUUGCAGAGGUGUUUAUCACUGCAGUUUGGUAACUUUCUGUGUCACAGGAAGUCUGGCAGCUCAAGGACAGCGGAAAACCACAUCAGCUUGAACUCUACCUGAAGACUGUCUGGGUUUUGUUUUGCAGAUAAAUAAUCAAUGUCCAGUACUUCCAGCCUUCUGGAGAUUCAGGCAGUAGUGGUCCUACUGGGACACAAAAAGUCUGGUAGUAAUUCCAGGGAUCUGAAGUUUAUUCCCUAGCUGAAAACGUCACAAAUAUCCUCCCCCUAUCUUGCUCCUCCUUGUGUCUGUCCACUAACCUUUCAGAAGCCAAGGGAAACUGGAUUUUCAUGCCUGAGGAAGAGCAGGUUAGGUUUGCAUGUUCUUAUUCCAUGUUUAUUUUAUACAUUGUGAACUAUUUAAAUGAAAAAUGAGUUUUAUUUUGAGGAGAAUUUUCUUUUUGCCAGCUUCCCUACAUACAUGUGGGGAGAAGUCUGUGAUGCUGAAUGUGUUUGAGCAUGUAGCUGCUCCGGGCUAGCACAAAGCUUACUGUGAGAUGGAUAAAAAGAUGUGGCUGCCACCACAGUCCUUAGCAGAAAGACAGGCCAGUUUGUAAAACAAUAGAGUUGGGGGUUUAAUUGAACUCUACUUUCUUGGCAGGGCUCUUCCCCACAGCCUGACGUCAGAGGAGAGGAUUAUCACUGCAGCACCAUUAAGGAACACUAAGCCAUUUCCCUGGGACUGGCGUCAUAGGUAGCUCCUCUCUAGGGUGACUUGGGAUCUCGUUCCUCUGGAUCCUUCUUGAUGGAAUAUUUCUCUAGGUUAUUUGUGUGAUGGCUGCUCUGACCUCAUGUGACAGUGGCAGAGGAACUCAGGAAAAUGGGGGGCUGUUCUGUUCAGGCCUCAGCUGGGAGCUGAAAUGUUUCUAAGAAUAGCACAAGAUUACAUCCGGCACUCAUGUCAAUAACAAUUAGGUCCACAAAGACCCAGAGCAGGGCAGGAAGUGUGGGAAAAUACCAGCAUUGCUCAUGUGCUGGAACACACACAAGUGCAGAAGUGUUGCCUGUUGAGCUUUAGCUGCCAUUGUAAAGGGAUGGUUUGCAUUGGAUCAGACUUUCAACACUUGGUGUGGCUUGGUUGCUUUCUAUUGUUUCCUGAGCAUCUCCACACUUCUGGCAGUUUCUUGCUUGGGUGCCCCAAGAAUCAAGCUGAUCUAUGUUCAUGGACAAACUUUGAAUUGUUUUGCUUUCCAGAUUGCUCUGGAAAAGUUUCCUGCCUGACCAGAUCACCACACAAGCUUACUGACUUUUGAUGUCUUGAAUUUCGCUUCUGUGUUGCUGCUUGAGCUGCCCCCAAGUGUAUCCAGUCCCUUUCAGUAUUAGUGAUCCAGACCUGAGUGAAAAGGGUGUGUGCAGGAGGUGGGCAGGGUGUGGAGAGCGUGGUUUGUGGAGCUGUCUGCAGUCACAGGAAGGAAGGGAUGGCAGCUGUACCACGUGCCAGGCCUUCUGGCAACCAUGUGGCUGAGAUGGACCCUCAGAGGACGUUUCUGAAGCAGUUGUUGGGGAGAGCAGGAGCUUUUUGAGCAGAAUUUUGGACUUCAUAUUGCUUGUUUCCUAGGGAUCAUAAUUUCAGGGCUUCCCGCUUUUUGGGUUUUCCUUAAAAAAAAAGCAAUAGGUCCCAUCAAUGCAGUGUGCUCUUUCCUUCUCCUGGCAGCUCUCCACUCUUGAGAGAAGUACCUGCCUUCCAAACUUCCUAGGACCACUCAUGUGCCCAUUUUUCUUCCAGCUGGAGAACAUUUAGUUGAUCCAGCUGUCCUGGAUAAACAAAGAUGGUGCCAAGACAAAGGGAAGAAUGAGGUGACUAUCAGGAGAGGCUGGAGAAGACCUUCUUGGGAAUCCCAGGUGCAGUGGGUCCAGAGAGCAGGAGCUAGGGUCAGCAGAGACUAAUUUCAUUUAUGAAUGAGAGCUCCUUGCUAGAGAAGUCUGAAGAUGCUUAGAGAGAUGUGGUGCUUCAUUUGGCAUGAGGGCAUUCCAUGAAUUUCACCAUUCCCUGAAGACUCUUAGGCUCCAGAGUUUAUUUGCUUUUUAAGCGUUUUGGCGAAAGCAAAGUUUGAUCAGUUGCCAGGAGUAAUUUUACCAAGAGUUCUUGGGGCUCUCUCCUCAAUAGGGCACUGCUUUUCUGUGUGUGCAAAUAAAUUCAUUUACAGCUGUAUCCUGCAGAGUCCCUUUUGGAUCAGUGAUAUUUCAAAGCUCUGUGCGAGCUUGAACUGCAGUUCUUGAACCAAGAAGCAAUUUGGCAUGGUGGGACAGCUGGGAAUACUGGAGACAAAAAGGGUUUCUCACUGGUCCCAGCUGGUGCUAGGGUGCAGGUGUGGACUUGGAGUGACACAGAAUAGUCUGAACCUUUGAUUGGUUUUCAAGAGGCCUCAGGGGAUGCUGGUGGAUAUAGAGAAGUCUCUGAGGUGUGGAAGACUGGAGGGUCAGGAUGGACAGGAAUUCUUGGUAGUGAAGGAGCAUUUGUAGAGUAGGUGUUUGGGAGGAUUUCAGGGGAGCAGGAAUGUGCUGUGGGGUGCUGUGGGGUGUAAAGAUGAUGCUGGCUUGAGACCAGGGUGUGACCUGCUGAGGAAGGACUCUGGAGGGACGUAGAGCUUCACAGCUCUCCUGGGGUCACUGCAAGGUUCAGCCCUUCUGGGGUGUGCACAGGGUUGACUUUGUAGGGUCUAUAUUGACUGGGGCAGGGAUGGUUCUUAGGGAUGAUGUCCUUUCCAGAUACAUUUUCCCAUUUCAUCAGCACAUCCAGGUAUAACAAAUCUCCUUCUGCUUCAUGAGCGUGGGCCCCACCUAAAACCAAAUCCUUCCAGCCAAGUUCUGUGCAAGGACAAACAGGCUGCAGUGGUGCCAUAAUGCAUUAAACCUGCAUGCAGUACUCUGGUGGUGUUUGCUAAGUUCAGCUGCCUAAAAGUCAGUUCUCUCCCAAAUUAUUUUGGGCAUCAAAUUGCACUGAGUCAUUUCAGCCUUUGUUCUUUCCAGCCCUGAGCUUCUGGCUAUCUUUAUGGCAAAACACAUGAAGAGUAACAAAAAUCACCAGUUCCUCAUUUGCAUGAGAGGUGCCUAACCCUGACAGAUGAGAAUCCCAGACUUGGACAAUGCUGUGUGUAACUCCCCAUCUUGCUUGCCUGCCGGGGCUGUUCACACAAAAAUGUGUUAAAAUCAAGACUGGAACCUGUUGAUCUGAGAACAUCCUUCACUCCCCUCACUGUCUCGGGAGCUGGUGUUCCUGCCCUGUCCUGUGGAGAGGUUCUCUGUGGUCUGCAAACCAAGACACUAUGAACACCUUGCUGCACAUGCUGUCAGUAUGAAAUAAUUACUCUUUUAAUUUAAAUGUUUUAUGAUAUAGGUGUUGUUUUCCCUCUGUCAGUUACCAUUGGGGGGGGUGGGAAGGGGGUGGGAGAAUCUGUGCAUGCAAAUGUAUUUAAAGUGCAUUGACCAAAGGUUUUUUGAAUCUGUGAAGUUUUCAUAUCUGUGAAGUCAUCAGACUGCUGGGCAGUGAGGAGCCGCUGGUGCUGCGGAGUCUGUCUUGGUUACAUUUCUUAAUAAGCAUUAAAAUAAUAAAAUAUAUUUGUAAAAGAGA